GCCCUUAGGUCCGUCAUGUUACACGCUCAUGGGGUUUGUGUGUCAGCUCAAAAUGUGCUUGGAGAGCCUGAGCGGAGAGUGCGGGCAGUAGGACCCGGCGGAGCACAGGUCGCCGCUCGCUUCCCUGAAGGUGACCGAUUCAACAUGGCGGCCGUGGCGGGUCGCCGGCUCUGGUCCUCGGCGGCUCUGCGUGCGGGCACAAGGCUGCUCGCCGGCAGCCCGGGUGCGGGUGUGAGGCUGGCCAGCAGCACCCCGGUCGCCGUCUUGCAGGCAGCGGAGCGAGUAACGCACACCGGACAGGUUUAUGACGAGGAUGAUUAUAGAAAAAUCAGAUUUAUUGGUCGACAAAAAGAAGUAAAUGAAAAUUUUGCUAUUGACUUAGUAGCCGAGGAACCAAUAACUGAAGUAACAGACAGAGUGGUUUCAUGUGAUGGCGGUGGUGGAGCUCGAGGGCAUCCUAAGGUGUACAUAAACUUGGAUAAAGAAACAAAAGUUGGAACAUGUGGUUAUUGUGGACUUCGUUUUAAACAAAAGCAUCAUCAUUGAAAUUGAGCCAUUUAGAACAGAUUCACUUGCUCCACUGUAUGACUGCAAAGAAAGCUUUGAAAAUGAGUUAAUUGAACUUUGUAUUUGGUUGUUGCUGAAUUUAAAAUGAAGUUAGAAUAAAAAUAGUCUCUAAUGAGACAAAUGUGACUAACUAACAGAUUUUCAGAGUCUAAUUUCCACCUGAAAAGCAAUUUCUCAGAUUAAGGUUCAUUAAAGUAGCCUCCACUGUUCUGAAUGUUUUCCUAACUUCAAAUUAUUAUAUUCUAAAACCUUAUGUUACUGACAAAUUUGCUGGAAAUGUGAUUAAAGAAGUUUUUUUUAGUCUGA